AUGCUAAACGUUGGUGUUACCUAUUUGCAGACUAUCCAUAAAGAUUUAGAGAAGGAGGAACCCGUUGUAAAGUCAACUCUUGCUCACGCGGAAGAAUUGCUCGGUACGUCCAACCAGUCCAAGAAGGUAGAAAAGGAUCAACAAUACCAGAAACUGAGAUACAACACUUCUGAUUUGAAAGUUCGAUUUGAUGCUGCAUCCAAUGAAGCCGAGACGCGGACUAAGAAAUUCGAUGACCUUUAUGAGGAUCUCGAAGAUUUCUACAACACGGUGGAAGAGCUUGACCAAUGGAUGGACACGGCUAUCGAGAAGGGACACAGUAUCAAGGUGUCAGAACAAGAUCCAGAGGUCCAAUACGAAUUAUUCCAGAAACACGUUGAAGAGCUGAAGGCAAAAGAAAGCGAAAUUUCUGAACUCGUGAAACUUGCUGACAAAUUCCGAGAUGAUACGCAGGAAUUUAUGAAUGGAGUGGAUCGAUACCGGAAACACGUGCACAUUCUCCCAACGAUCAAAGAAGAGACAGAAGAAUCAGCUAUGAUUGACGACGAAAUCGAAGCCUUGGAGGAGAAAUUCCGGGAUAUAACACAGAAAUGCACGCGAUAUCUGGAAAAACUGUUCUCGGUGGUGAAACAUCGCAAGGGUUUUACCGAACUCGCGAACAAACUGGCCACCAUUUACCCUGACCUUGACUCUAAGAUUAGCGUAAUCGACGAGGAAUCGUCUGCCAAAAGUCCCAAAGAAAUGACUCAAUCUAAAAGUGUUAUUAAAAAGUUGGAUAAUCUGAAUUCAUGGGUGUCAGUAACCGAGGAAUUACUGUCGUCUAAGUCUCCGAUAUGUCUUGACAAAGAGAAGCUGGAAGAACACCUUCAUGAACAGAGACGAAUCCAUGGCGAUGUUGGCAGCUACCGGGCGCUGUUAGAGAACCUUUCCAAGGAGGCUCAUGAUAUGGAUGGGGCAGAAGAAAAACUCGCUGUCCUAGACGAACGCAUGGAAAACCUGGAAAAGUUGUCCAACAAUCGCAUCUUGGAACUGGAAGGUGUCAUUGGCAAUAUCGAAGACCUGGAAGACCAGAUGAAUGACUUGAAAAGCUGGCUUACAACCUCCAUCGACUCUAUUCACAAAAAACCCAAAGGUACUUCCCAUAAUUCACACCUAUUCAAAGCAAAGAUUGACGCUCUCUACGCGGAAAAGAAAGGCAAAGAAUCUGAUAUGGACAGCAUUAAACAACUAGCAAAGCAAAUUAUGCAGACGAAGAAUGUAUCCAAUGGAUAUCAGUUAAAAGAAGCCGUGGCUGGAGUGCAAGAACAAUGGCAUGAAUUGACCGAGUUAUUGGUUCAGGAAGUAUCGUUAGAGGCCCUCUCUGAAAUUGAAAGUAUGCUGAGAUACAUGGACAAGGCAGAGAAUGAGAUUAAUACUGCAGAGCCUGUCAGCUCAGAUCCGGAAACACUCACCAUCCAGUUAAGAGACCACAAAGUGUUUCAUAAUGACUUGAACAGCAAGCGGAAUUCUGUAAAAGACAUCAUCAGUAAGUGCAACCGGAUGCUACGUGAAACUACAAAUACUCAGACAGAAGCAAUCAAAUCUCGUCUUGACAGCAUCCAGACACAAGCAGACAUUGUAUGCCAACUAAGUUCUGACCGCUUGCAGCAUUUAGAAAGUGCCCUACCCUUAGCAUCACACUUCAGUGAAAACCAGGCUGAGAUCCUUGCUUGGUUAGAUGAAAUGGAAGCUGAACUUAAGGCGCAGAGCACAUCUGGGGAAAACCUGGAUCAAGUCAAGAAACAACUUGACAAUCUCAAGGUGACUCAGCAAAUUAUUGAGGACCACAAACCCUUUGUUGAGGAUCUAAGUGACACUGGAAUGGAGCUGAUAGAGUUGUGUGGUGAUGAAGAUGCAGAGGAUUUGCAAGGAAAACUGUCCAGUAUCAGCACACGUUAUGAUUCCCUUAAGACUCAAGCCAGAGAAAAGGCCCAUGAUCUGAAUGAAAACCGAAAAUUGAUGACCCAAGAAGUAUCCGAUACCUUGGAAAACCUUCUAGAAGAUCUUGCUGAAAUGGAACAGUCAGUAAUGAAUGCUGAUCCAAUCCCAGCUUUGCCAGAGAAAUUGCGUGAUGAAAUUGAUGAGAAUAAAAGAAUAAUGGAGAGGCUCCACAAACACCACCCCCAUGUAGAUCACGCUCGGGAAUCAGUUGCUGGGAUUGUCAGUCAAGGAGUGGAAGAUGAAGAUGAAAUAGAAGAGAUGAAGACAAAAGUAAUGGAGAUUUGCAAACUGUCUGAAGAUGUCUCUUCGGCAGCUCUUGAACGGGAUCGUCAAUUAAACCAGGCAAGGAAAAUGUCAACCAAAUUUUAUGACCUAUGCUCGGAAGUUGGCUGUAGCAUAAAGGACCUCAAAGAAAAUCUUUAUUCCCAAGAACCACCAGGAAUUGAUUCACCAACUAUCAAAGAACAGCAAAAAGAACUAACAGAAAUCAAUCGUCAGCAAGAUAAAGCAGUCGCUUCAAUCAAGGAUUGUCAUAGAUUUGGAGAAAAACUCUCAGCACUCUGUGGAGAUCCAGGCAAAAUUGAGGUUCAAAAGCAAUUAGAAGACCUUGACAACAUGGCAGAAGACCUUAAUGAUGUUGUUACAGAACGAUCUGAAGAAUUGAACCUUGCUCUGGGUCAUGCUUACCAAUUCCAAGUUGUUCUUGAUGCAAUUAUGUCUUGGCUGCCAGUUUCACAACAUAAGCUUUCUACAAUGAAAUCUCCUUCAACAGAUAAAAGUGUAUUAAAAGAUCAAAUAGAAGAACUGAAGCUCUUCAAGAUGCAAACUCAUCCUCAUGUGACAGAUGUUGACAGCUUAAAUCAACACAUGACAGCCCUCAACGACCUGUCUCCUGUAGCUGCUGAGUCUCUACUCAAACCUGUUGAUGACGUAAAUGAAAGAUGGAAAGACCUCCUUCGUGGAAUUGCUGACCGUGAGGCAUGCCUUCAUCAGACUCAAGUGAAAGUUGGGGAACUGGAGCACGCCAUUGAAAGUAUUAUGAGUAACUUAGAAAAUUCUAAGAAAGAUUUGGGCACUUUAGAUAACAUCAUUGGUGAUCCAAAAUGCAUUGAGACUCAGAUGAAAAAAUUACAGUUGAUUCAAGAUGACCUGAAGAACCAAAGCUCAAAUGUUUCCAAACUGAAUAAAACAGUGUCAAACUUGACAUCUACAACUCAAGAAGAAUCAAAUUCAUCACUUCAAGAUAAAACACUGACGAUGAAUAAGUUACUUCGAGAGGUUCAGGUCAGUGCCAGGGACCAUGAGAACAAACUUCAGGAAACACUGAGAGAGGUAAAAAAGUUUACAGGUGAUGUUGAUGACAUGUUGCACUGGGUAAAUGACCUCAGAAUGGAGUUGAAAUCAAAAUCUCCAUUUGGGGCUCUACCGGAAGCAGCCAAGUCCCAACUGGAAAAUUUCCAAAAACGCUGUAUUGAGGUUGAAAUGAAAGAAGAUGGAGUAAAGUCAUUACUGCUGAAUGGACAAGACAUGAUUGACCGAUGUCGGCCAGAGGAUGUGAGACAGCUUAGUGAAAAGUUAAGGAAAUUGAAGGACAGAUGGUAUGAAACAAAAAAUAGAGCUCUUCGAAGGAGAGAUAAGAUGCAGGGUCAUCUGAAAAAUGUAGAGGACUUUCAUAACACUCUGAAGGAAUUUACUGAUUGGCUAAAUAAUGCAGAGACAACAAUGAGAACUUUUAAAUAUCCAAGCAAAUUAGUGGGAAAAGUUCAGAAUCAAAUUGAAGAGCACAAUAAUUUACUGGUUGGAAUUCGUUUGCGCUGGAAGAAAUUAUUGCGACGAACAGAUGAAAGAGGACGUCUACUAAAUCAAGCAUUCAGUGAAGAUAAAAGAUUCUAUGAAUCCUGGAAGAAUUUGUGUGACUGGCUUGAUUCUAGUGAAAAAAUGUUGAGCUCAUUUUUGACUCCCCAAAGUCAAACAGCAUCAAAUGGACAGUCUACAAAGAUGAAAGAGGACAUGGAAGAACUCAAAAAGAAACCUGUGGACAUGGACACUCAAAUAAACCAGUUACUGCGAGUGAAGUUGUUCCAACACCAACUGGCCGCGAAGCAUCCUUCUUAUUAUUCAACGACGAGACUUGGUCGUAACCUGAAAGAUCGCUGUACAAAGAUUGACAAUGACAGAAACGACUUGCAGACAAUGUUAGAUCAGCUGAAAAAUAAAUGGAACUUAGUUCGAUCUGUGGUUUCUAAAAGCCAAAACAAACUGGAUGAAGCCCUGCUAACCUCAGGCCGUGUGUCAGAUGCUUUAAAUUCACUCCAGGAAUGGUUAAGUAAAGCAGAAACUACUUUGUCUGAGGAUCUCCCAAUUCUUGGAGACUAUGACACUGUCAACUUAUUAAUAGAACAACACAAGUCUGUCCAACAAGAAUUAAUUGCCAGAGAACAAACACUGGAAGCAGUCAAAUCUGCUGGCAAUAUUCCUGACCAGCAUCUUGAUGAACUUAUUGCCCUGUGGAAUAAAAUCAACAUUCUAAGUGAGAACAGAGAGACCAGACUGAAGGAGGCACUAACUUUGGCUGAAGAGUUCCAGGAAGUGGUUCAAGUCAUGAGGGAGUUUCUCCCAACCGCUGAAUCUGAACUCAAAUUCCGUCCUCUUCCUGAUGAUGAAUUUGCUAUUAUUCAUUUAAUAGAGAGGCAUGAGAAAUUUCAAGAGCAGCUGCGUAACCACCAAGAUGCUGUUGAUAAAAUUAAAACACUUGCAGAAGAAAUCCUUCUGAAUUGCCAUCCAAAUGCUAUUAGAUUUGUCAAGUAUUACUUGACUAUUACACAGACCAGGUGGGACCAGUUGGUUCAGCGUGCUCGAAGCCGGGCCCAGCGUCUCCAAGAGGCCCUGAAGAGUAUCCAGGGUAAUGCUGCACUAUUAGAGGAAUUACUAGCUUGGCUUACAGAUGCUCAAGUCUUACUGGCAACUAAAGAGAAGGAUCCUAUACCACAUGAUCUAAAUGUUGUAGAAACUUUGCUUAAAGAGCAUUUGGAGCUCCAUGAAGAAGUAACCAGUAAAAAUGCUGAUGUUGAUCGUUUGACAAAGAUUGUUACAUGUGAAUCUAAAUUGUCUCAGGGACGACAUUAUGGCAGCAACUGGAAGUUGAAUGAAAUGGAUGGUCAUAACCCAAGAGUUAUAACUCUUCAAAACAAAUGGCGGACAGUUUGGCGAAUGUCUGUUGACCGCAAGAAGAAAUUGCAAGAUGCACUGGAUACAUUAUUAGAGCUUGAGAGUUUCAAAAACUUUAAUUUUGAUCUCUGGCGUCAGAGAUAUCUUAAUUGGAUCCAGGAAAAGAAAUUCCGCAUCACAGACUUCUUCAGGCGGCAGGACAAAGACUGUGACGGUGCUUUAACUCGAAAAGAGUUUGUGGACGGUAUGCUACAAUCAAAAUUCCCUACCAACAAAACAGAAUUGAAUGCUGUAUUUGAUCUUUUCGACACAAACCGCACUGGCAGGAUUGACUACCGAAAUUUUACAGAUGCUAUGAAACCUGACAGGCAUAAAACUUCUCGUAUGAAAACAGGUAAGCGACAGGCAACAGACUCUGAAAUGAUUCAUGAUGAAAUUGAGCGGCAGAUCUCCACUUGCCAGUGCCGGCAUCAGUUUAAGGCAGAAAGAAUUGAUGAGGGACAAUACAGAUUUGGGGAGAACUUAAAAUUGAAACUUGUGCGAUUCCUCAACAGUUGUGUAAUGGUCCGUGUUGGAGGAGGCUGGGUGACUUUAGAACAGUUCUUGGAAACCAACGAUCCAUGCAGAGCCAAAGGCCGAACUACUACAGAACUUCGAGAAUCAUUUGUGUUGGCAGAAGGGGUUGCACAAAGUCGUACAGCAUUCCGUUCUAAAACUCCGGACCCACUCAGUAAAAAGAGAUUGUCUGAAGGUUAUGCAUCAUCAAACUCAUCAGCUGGCAGUUACUCGUCUCCCUUAAGACGUUCUAAAGUGGGACACUCUAUGAUUAAUUUGUCAGUGGGCAGCCCCUCUACACUGUAUGAUCACCCAGAUUUUGGCUCCACUGGAAGCUUGAGCAGAAGCAAGCGCCUGAGUUCGUCAUCAAAUAGUCUGUCUUCAACAAAAUCUCCACGCAACCCUAAAACUCCUGUAACCUCUAAUACUAGACCAAAAACCCCAACAGCUAAUAGCAAAUCAUCACAAGGAUCAGGAACCUCAACUCCAGUAAGACCACGAAGUGUGACACCAAAUCCAACACGCAGUGUAACACCUAAUCCUAUACGAAUGGGGGCUCAACGGCGAUUACCUACAACACCAAAGACUCCUACACGACCAAAAACACCCACAACUAGAUAA